GGAUGCCUGGAGAACAGAAAUCUAGUUAUCAAAAUUGACUCAAGAAGAGAGAAUCUAACAGAAGAAUAACAGUGGAAGAAAUUGGGAACAUUAUCAAAAAGCUAUCAUCCUGCCAAACUCCAGGCUCAGAUGAUAUUACAGGUUUAAAAAAAAAAGUCCUUAAUGAAAAAGAAAGCUCUUAAGCAACAUGAUGGAUUCAGAAGCUCAUGAAAAGAGGCCACCAAUACUAACAUCUUCAAAACAAGAUAUAUCACCUCAUAUUACAAAUGUUGGUGAAAUGAAGCAUUAUUUGUGUGGCUGCUGUGCAGCCCUCAACAACUUCACAAUCACAUUUCCCAUUCAGAAUGUCCUCUUUCGACAACAGCUGUAUAGCAUCAAAACCCGUGAUGUAAAACUUCAUUUGAGAAGGGAUGGAUUUCGAAACUUGUAUCGUGGAAUCCUUCCCCCACUGAUGCAGAAGACAACUAUACUUGCACUUAUGUUUGGUCUGUAUGAGGAUUUAUCCUGCCUUCUCCACAAGCAUGUCAGUGCUCCAGAGUUUUGCAACCCGUGGUGUGGCGGCAGUGCUUUCAGGGACAACAGAAGCAACUUUCACUCCACUGGAAAGAGUUCAGACAUUGCUUCAAGACCACAAGCAUCAUGA